GUGCAUGUCGACACGAUCGUUCGCGCAGCUCACUUGCUGCCCAUCUUUGGCGAGGCAUUUGUCCUAGAGAAAACGAAGUACGUUCCACGAGACUCUAGCUAUAUUUACUGCGGGUUCCAUGCUAACAAAUUCGCAGAUCACCAUUCCUUAGAAAUAGCA